CCCAACUUAUCUCUGUAAGAAUACGUUAGCCGGAUUUAAUUUCGGAUUUGCCAGUAGUGUAUAUUGUUUGUCGACUUUUACAAAUACAGAACUUUUAAAAUGAGCAAAGCACAUCCGCCAGAACUUAAAAAGUAUAUGGACAAGAAGCUGUCAUUGAAACUUAAUGGUGGAAGACAUGUAAUAGGGAUCCUACGAGGGUUUGAUCCAUUUAUGAACAUGGUAAUAGAUGAAACAGUUGAAGAAUGCAAGAAUGGAGUGAAACAGAACAUUGGAAUGGUGGUAAUCCGAGGGAACAGUGUCAUCAUGCUUGAAGCGCUAGAUAGAAUAUAAUCUUUUACCAUGAUCCUACUAACGUAACUUUAAUUUAAGGUGUCAAUAAAAUCAUUUUUUAUAAUUUAGGUGAA